GUUGCGAUUGAGUCAGGCUCAUCGGAAACUUCCGCUGUAGCCGGCACGUUUGAACAUGACAGGCUGGAAUAUUGAAGUUAAAGGUGUGAUGCAACUUCUAUCACUGGUUGUGGUUUCUUGGGCCUAAGGUGCUUGACAAUGCCAGGGUUACCUUCAGUGUCGGGAGUGCUAGGAAAGCUACAACCAGGAUGCGUUACAGUGACUAAGGAAUACAUAUCAGAACUCAGUCUCUUCCAGGUAGCAGUCAUCCUUUAUUUAAAGAAUUCGAAAGAAAGGAAGAUGUUAAUUCUCAUUUAUGACUGCUACCACUAUGUAUACAUCCCCGACACCCAGCCAGGCAUGGAUUAGGGUUAUCGCCUUGUCAUCAAGCCAUCGUUCAUCACUCAUUUUUGCCACAUCUUAGGAUCACAUCAUGCCAGUGUUACAGUGCCCUGUCGCAGGCUGUAUAUGGACGUCUCAAGACCUGGCAGCAGAAUUUGCAUCUGCCCUCACUGCUUCUCUUCAAAUUCAUGACAGGACCGUCCAUAGAACCCCAGCAAAUCCAACACCACCAAAGCUCAAGUUAGACCCACCAAUUGUUUCUGCUGGAUGUGACCCAGACCAAUGGUCAGCUUUUGCCAGGCAGUGGAACAUGUAUAAGGUUGGAAUGGCCAUUACGGAGACUGUUCUCCCCACUGCGCUAUUCUACUGUUGUGACACUGAUCUACGGACAGAUGUUCUACGUGACCUUCAGUGCGAUGUAGCUAAUAUGGCUGAGGCUGAUCUAUUAAGAGACUGGCAGUUAAAGAUGAAAGCACUGACUCUACACGGUCAACACGCAUACUUUGCUAUGUAUCUGACACUAUGGAAAAGGCUUUCCUUUGCAGGGAAGCGCUCAUAUCUCUCGGGGUCAUUCACAUGGACUUCCCCAAUGUGCCUACGGAUGUCACCGCCCCAGUUGAGGACUCUGAGGAGAUAACUUGUUCUUGUCCCAGGCGUCAAACGGAACCCCCAACACUGCCGACUACGCUACCCCCAGGACUACGGGCCACAGAAGAGAACAUAGGGACUCUCACAGAUUUGUUUCUUGACUAUUAUGGUUCUACAACCUUCAAUGUCUGUAAGCAUCAACCAUUGCCUCUUAUGAAGGGUGAGCCCUUACAGCUCCAUGUUGAUCCCAAAGUUAGGCCGGUGGUACUUGUCCCAAUUCAUUGGCAGGAUAAGGUCUAUGCUGGUAUUGAGAGGGAUGUUCGCAUCGGUGUUCUUGAGCGCGUUAGUCCAAACACUCCUACAACAUGGUGCUCGAGGAUGGUUGUGACUGGGAAAGCUGACGGGACUCCACGUCGUACUGUAGAUCUACAACCUCAAAAUCGCCAUUCUGUCCGCCAGACUCAUCAUGUGCCUGGCUCCUUCCAUCUGGCAGACCGUGUUCCUCAAUGUACGAGAAAAACGGUAACAGACACCUGGAAUGGGUACCACUCUGUGCCCAUCCAAGAAGACGAUCGACAUAUCACUACCUUCAUCAUGCCAUGGGGGCGAUAUAGGUUCAAAGUGGCUCCACAAGGAUUUCUCGCUAGCGGUGAUGCUUACAACCAGCGCUUUGAUGCAAUAAUUUCCAAUUUCCGGAAAAGAUCAAGUGCGUGGAUGAUAAUUGCAUGUGGGCAGGGUCCAUUGAAGCGGCAUUCUUUCAAGCAUGUGAAUGGUUUGACCUGUGUGCUCGAAAUGGCAUCACACUUUACCCAAAGAAGUUUCAGUUUGCCCAGGACACCGUUGACUUUGCAGGACUGACAAUCACUCCAACAAACAUUCGACCUAGUGCUAAGUUCCUAGAUGCUAUCAGAAAUUUCCCCACACAACGGAUAUCACUGGUGCCAGGGCAUGUUUCGGGCUUAUUUACCAGGGUACGUAUGCCUUUGCCAGGACAGGACAGGACAGAUGAAACCUUUUCAGACUCUGCUAAAACAAUCUACAAAGUUUGUCUGGACAGAUGAGCUGGACCAGCUAUUCAAUCAGUCCAAGGAGGUCAUCAUACAGGAGAUGAAGGAAGGGGUGCUCCUGUUUGACCCUGACCGAUCGACUUGCUUGGCUACUGACUGGUCCGUUGAUGGAAUAGGGUUCUUCUUGAUGCAGAAGUACUGCCAGUGUACUGGUAAGACUCCCACUGCUGCCCUGAUGGUUGGAAGCUGUGUUUAGUUGGCAGCAGGUUUACACAUCCUGCUGAAAGCCGCUAUACUCCCAUUGAAGGCGAAUCCUUGACUAUUGUUUACACACUACACCAGACUCGCUAUUACGUGCUAGGAUGCAAAGAUCUACUCAUAGACACGGAUCAAGAGCCACUACUUCAGAUCCUGAACGAUAGGUCACUUACAGAUAUUAGUAACAGACGACUUCUUAGCCUCAAGGAAAAAACUCUUGGGUACAGGUUCACAGUUGUACAUGUUCCUGGAAAGAAGAGCCAAGGUCCGGAUGCUACUUCUAGAUACACUGCCUCCCCGCCCGAGCACCUACAAUUGCCUGGCGAAACUUUGGAAUUUGAUAUGAAUGACAACACAUCUAUCCCAUUUCAUGACACCCUGAAUAGCCUUUGCCAGCAUAGUGAGAACGAGGACAUGGCUAAUGACAUAGGAUUUCAUCGGUCGCAAAUCCACAUGCUAAUUGCAGGGCUGAGAUGGCAGUGCAGACUGUAAACCGCAUGCUCAUGGACAACAUAACCGCGUCUGGGUCUCUCGAUGUGGACAAGUUUCAGAGGGCCCUACUGAUGUACAGAAAUUCCAUUUACCCGGAGACAAAGGCAUCACCAGCGUUAGUUUUGUUUGGUCGACCCAUCCGUGAUGCCACCCCAAUACCGAUGGGUAGAUACUCACCUCAUGAAACAUGGACAGAGCUAAUGUCCCAUCGAGAGAAAGCACUCUCCAGACGUCAUGCCAGGGAACAUGAACGGUGGAAUGAACACACUCACCGGUUACCACCACUGCAGGUUGGAGAUCACGUCUACAUACAAAACCUGGCUGGAAACCAUCCUCGGAGAUGGGAACGUACAGGGAUUGUUGUGGAAGUGCGUCAGUUUCACCAGUAUGUCAUCCGUGUGGAUGGCACAGGCAGAGUGACUCCGAAAUCGCCAGCACCUUCGUAAGUUCUCUCCCUUUCAUUGCACUACCUCUUGGGCUGCAGUAUCACGCCUACGUCAGAUGAACGACCGCCUCCGGAAGCGCCUUCCGGCGACAAAAUAUCUGCUCCAUCCCUAGUGCCACAGCUGGACCAACCUACAAUACCGUUGUCACCACAGGCCCUACAGGCUCCACUUCCCUCGCCAUCACCACAUGUGCGACAGUCACCAUCUAACAGGAUCAGGCCACAAGCUACCACCCCUACACAGGAGUCUCUGUCAACGCGACAUCGAUUGAAUUUUGAUAUGACAGACCAUCAAACUCCCAAACUUGUUGAGCCUGUGGUGGCUCGUACCACGAGCUCUUGCCCGUCUUCAACCUCAUACUAAGGCCGUAGUAAAGGAACUGGAACAACCACGAAUACUUCGUCAUUGCACCAUGGAGGAAGAGUCAGGACUUAGGGGGCCUGAAAAACUAAAGUGACUUUUGUGUGUCUGGAUUAUUUUUGAGAGACUAUCGUUGUGCUUGUUUUUGUGAUCAGUCAUUAAGGACAGAUGACUUAUUCAAGUUAUCACUCGGAGACCUGGCUUAUCAGUUUUCUAUGUUCCAUAUAAAACUUGCCCUUGGGGGAGGAGAUAACUAAUCAUUAUAUUAUGUCUGUACGUUGCAGGUAGCAGUCAUCCUUUAGAUUAAAGAAUU